AUGUCCACUCUCACGCCGUCUGAAGCUGGCCGCGCGUCGACCUGGGACGCUAUCGUCCAGGAGCGAGAUGCCCAGGUCCAUCAUCAGACUGCCUUCAUCCCACGCUCUGCCCUUGCCGACGGUCCUCGUACAAGGCGGGCAAACACCCUCAACAACGCUAUGCCUGUAUUGAAUAGGCCAGGUUACAGCAACGUCAACAUUGAUAUCCCAUUGGAUCCAAAGUCUUCGUUGCAUAUGGAAGUCACUCAUAAUGGUAUGGUCACUGAGCUAGUCGCUCGAUUUGAGUCUUAUGGCGCUUACCCUGACGUCUGCGAAGUAUCUCCCGACGACCCCGACUCAUCUUCCGGUAUCGAUAACGUCGCCGCACAUCAAGAGCAAGCGGAGCACCAGUACGACUCGUAUACCAUUGGUACAUCAGGGCGCAGUCCCCGUAAAUCCAUAUCCACUCAAUGGCUCACAAAGAGUACCGCCCCCAACCUCGCAACGGCGCAGCGUGCAAAGGCGCGAACAUCCAAGACAGCAUGGGAUAGUGACUAUCCGGAUGAAGUCAAGAAACUCCGCGGGACACGCAGUUCCGUCGAUCUUGGUAGGAUAUCUGGCAAGGACGGCGCAACCUAUCUCACAAAGGAAGCGCUGGCUACUGUCGAGAACACCAUAGCAUCGCCCACGUCUCCGCUUAGUCCUAGCAGCCUGCAUCGCUCCCCGCCGAAGCGGCCCUGGAACAGUCCCACCGGAUCGCCUCUACGUAGCAGCGCUCGCCAUCCAUCCAGCUUCUCCCUUCGCAUGUCGCCGACCAAGUCAACACACCUCAACACCGACUCGAUCUCUGCAGGAUACUCGCGAGCAUCUAGCAGCGUUGCGACUUCGACUGGCAGGGCUUCGUUUCACACUGCACAGGGGUCGCCAGUAAGGAGUCCUGCAAGCACGGACCGUAGCUUCCAAUCUGCUGCAGAGAACCCUGAAGACCUUGACGUCCCCAGUAUUGACUUGUGUGCUGACAGCGAUGACGAGCAGGUGUACCACGAGUCCGGUAGUCCACGAUCUGCCGCUGCGAGAACGAACGUGGAAGGAAAGCGAAAGUCCUUGACGCCGAGACUCUCGCUUGUUAUCCCUACGCCUGGUCGUGACAAUUGUGAAGGUUCCAUGGACUCUCACCUUGCCGGCGGUCCGAUGAGUCCAGAUUCGCCUACCCAGGUGUCUCGCAUUCCUCGAGCUGGCGCCUCCAGCAAGACCGCGCUCCCCACGCGUACUAUCAAGCGCGUCGAAUCUGUCAAGUCUUUGCAGAACAAGAUCAAGCAGCUGCAGGAAGCCAUGCAGAUGGAUGCAGCCCAGUUUGAUGCAAUCCAAAUACCCCUGCGCGAGACUCCCGCACCCGCCCCUCUGCGUCACGUCCGCACUGUCGACAGCACCGGUUCAACUCCGAUCAUCUCGCGAAGUUCUGGGUCACACAAACAUGGCAAGAUGACUGAUGUUACUUCUAAAAAUGACCAAAGACAGUUCACUCGGGGCAAGGGUCCUCCCAUGUCUGCUGAUACCGCCGACCCUGACCAGCCAGACGACGCACCGGAAUGUGAUGCUAGCUACGAGCACGCUCAAACGUUCAAGGUCGAUCAAGACGCAGUACGUAAUGCCGUACCAGCCAAGAGCGUGCCGUGGGGUGUUCCGACAAGUCUUGCUCAUGGUACGACGCUCAUAUGUCCUAUCAGCGUACCCACAAUCGUCGUCAUGAUGGCUCACAACUUGAACUUAGGAAACCUAAAUCUUAACACCCAGCAAGACGAGCCUGUCGCCAGCUUCACCAACCACGUCGACGACGUCGAGAAUGCAUCUUCAUCUAGAGGAAGGGGUGAACGUAUGGGCUCGGAUCUUCGCGCAACUGCCACAGAAUUCGUACCUCAGCCACCUACCAUGACCAGUCCGAUCGACGCCACCACAGAGAACACACCUCUGAGUCCAUCUCUCGAUCUCGCUGGCCUGCCAGAUGCAACGGUGCUCGAUAGAAACGGCGUACCGUUCCUUUGGUACAUGUACGGCGUACAGUUUGCUUACGAACAGGGUUACCGCAACGGUCGCCCAAAGUCGCCCAAGAAGUGGAAGACGCCCAGGAAACAGCGCACAUCCGUCUCUUCUCCAGCCGACGCUCCGCCUUACUCCUCAAAGGCCGUCCCCAUCGCCAAUCCCGGACCGGCGACGCCUCCGCCGCUCCUUGCUAGACCGCGUCAAGAGGAGACUCAUCAAGAAAACUACCAUGCAGGAUCUAGUCGUAUGAGGUCAACCCCGCAGGCACUCGAGCCUAGUCCAAACCAGCCUUUCGCUCACCAGCUCGGUCUGAUCGCCGAGCGGACCGCCCUGAAUAGCCGUACCAACAGCAACGCCCCCCGCCACUUCGGCGUUAACCCACAGCCCUGGGUUGGUUUCCCAUCUGGCCCUCACAACGCGCACCCUCCCACCUACUACACAGUACCUCGCCAUGGUCACCGCAACAACCGUGAUAACGGCUUAUACGGCGGUCGCUGCAACGCUGCCGGCGUUCCUAUUGAUGCCACCGCUCCGUUCCCCAACCCCACCGCACCACAGGGUCGACCCGACCAACGCCAGAACUACGAGCCCGCAGCCGUUGAUUACUCAGACUUUACUAUUGGAAAGGAGUCUUGCGGUCUGGUCAACAUCACUGUUGCGACAGAGCGCGCUGGUGGCGAGCUAUGUAAUGCAUGUGCCCCCGAUCAUUGA